GCGCCGGACUGGUGAACUGAACCGAUUUAAAGAUCAGUUUACGACUGUGUUCAUAGAGCCGUUCUUGUCAAACACGUCUCCUAAGCAACAUGGGGGACAAUGAAGAUGGCAGCGAACAAGCUGUCCAGGAGGGUGACAAAUGUGCUGCACCCGGGGCCGACUUGUCACGAUGUGUUUGCGGGUGUUCCUAUCCGUGUACCUGUGAUUUAAUGAAGACGGACUUGGCGGAUAUUAUAUCCGAAAUGGUCAAGAGUGGGGCUGUGCCUGACGACCUGGGUCUGACCGAUUUUCUGAAUAAACCGUACGAAGGCGAUAUGGUAGUCGAAUUGGAUGACGCUAGCUUUGAUGUGCCGUCCGAGCCCAAAAAUCCAGCCCAGCCGGAUCCUGUGGACAGCUCCACAAACGCAACGAAUGAAGAUGACCAGGAAGCAAACGAAUUACUACCCGAACAGCGACCGAAAAACUACGAAAACAUGACUGUGAACGAGAGAAAGAGGUACAAAAAUAAUUUGGCUUCCAGAAUUUCACGAGCGAGAAAACGAACAGACCACAAUAAGUUAUUGCAAGAGAAUCAUAGCCUAAAAAAAGAGAAUAGUCUGUUGAAAGCCGAGUCGCAGUAUCUCCGCAGUAUCAUUCAAGUCGGUCGUGCCGCUCCGAUACCCAAUUUCGACUACCUACGGUUCGAUUCGUGUAAUUGUGGUUCUGGACAGACCAAAUCGGCCGCAUCACCGUUUGCGCAGCAAUCGGCAGUGUGCGGUGCAUUACCUCGUCCUUCCGUAACAGCAGCGCCCAUGAAUAGGACUUCAUGCUGCGGCUCUUCGCAACCGCCCGCCGUCGCACCUAUUGCACCAAAACCACCUGUACAAAUAAGAUCUGGCAGCGGCUUUUGUUGUAGUAGUAAAAGUAUUAGCCACGCUUCCGUAGUAGCACCUGUGGGUCAAAUGCCAAUUGCUCAAAUCCCGAUCGAGGGAUUGCAGGCAUCUACAACCACAGGUGAAUCCCACUUGUUGCCAGUGCAAUCCGGGGUUACAUCCUUGCAGCACAGCGCUAUGGUCCGGCCACAAUAUUCGACUGGAUCUCUACAUAUUCAACCCGAAUUGUGCCAUCAGCAUCAGAUACCUCAACCAGGCCAUACACUUCACCCUAAUCAAAUUGCACAUCAACAAUAUCUUCCCCAGCAGCAGUUGGGUGCACACCCUGCCCACUCACAAUCGCCUGAAGUUGUUCAUCUGCAAGCCCAUCAGACCAACCACAAUUCACCACAGCACUCACAUAUUAAUGUCCAACCGAAUUUGCAGAUGAAUAGCCAACAAAAUGUGCACCUCCAUGCACCACCUAGCUUAGGACUUCCUUCACCACACAAUAUUGAUAGUGGCUCCACACAGAGUAUGCACCGUAGCCCAGUGAAUUCUCAACAGCAUGUCCAUCCCAGUAUGCAACAAGGCAAAUACAAUAAUCAUCAGCAAAUACACAAUCAUAAUGCGCAGCAUACAAAUUCUCUACAGGGUUCGCAAAACGAUCUUACCCAAAUGUAUAAAGGACAUGGUAACUUUCUGUACACAUCGCCAAAUGCUGCCUUGCAACUCAUUCCCGGCUCAAAUACGGCCUCUCAUAUGAAUGGCAAUUCUAGCAUCGGCUUGCAGAACACCCCGUUGAUGAGUGGUGGCGUCGAUGUGCAUAUGCGGACAAAACUUACGCCCUUUGAACAGACGUUACCAGCAUCAGCGAGUGUCGGGGACGAAGCCAUCUCAUAAAAUAUGU